GUGCGCCGAACCUUUAAUCAUUACUUUAUUUCUCUAGAAAGCACCAGAAACUGCUUCUUCAUUCAUAUCUCCCGAUCCAAAACCCAGCCAGACAGCCAACCUUAUACCCCGUCUGAUAUGCCAAACCUCAAGCUAGACCUUAACUUCCCGCCCGAUGUAAUCACCGACAUCCUAUGCCAACUUCCGGUGAAGACGCUUCUACGGUUCAGAUGCGCAUCCAAGCGUUGGUGCUCCCAAAUAGACGAUCCAGAUUUCAUUAAGAUUCACCUUAGCCACUCCCUUGCCACCAAGUCCAAACUCAGCCUCGUUCUCAAAAAAUGGUACCUCUACUCCGUUGAGCUCGAUUCGCUUCGCACCGCCACGGAACUCAAUCCCCCAUUGAAUGUGAUCUGGGGUAUAACUGACGUUUUUGGCUCUUGCAAUGGCUUGUUGGCUGUGUGUAACGCUGAAGAAGAAAUGGCUUUAUGGAACCCAUCAACGAGAAAACACCAGAUAUUGCCUGUUAUGCCGGUUGAGGCUCCUAAAGGUUAUAUAAAUGUUAAACCUCGUCGUUUUACUUUUUAUGGAUUUGGGCACGACCCCAUUAGCGAUGACUACAAGGUGGUGAGGAUGGUGCAGUUUGUUGGUGAUAAUGGGUUUUUCUCUGCUGAUGUUAAAGUUUAUAGCUUGAAGAGUAACUCUUGGAGAGGAAUCAAGGACAUACCCUAUUAUAUUCGUUAUCUGUUUCAGCUUGGUUACCUUCUUUUUUAUAGACGAGGGUAUGCUGCGCUUGCUGGUGGUGCUUUGCAUUGGGUGGUGCCUGGAGGGUUUGGAUGGUACUGUAUGAUUGUUGCUUUUGAUCUUGUAGCUGAGGAGUUUCGAAUUGUACCACAGCCUGAUCAUGUCGAUGGUGGUUUUGUAAUGGAUCUGGGGGUCUUGGAAGAGCGCCUAUGCAUGAUUUGCAAUUACGGUAAUGAUUUUGUUGAUGUAUGGCUGAUGAAGGAAUAUGGAUUAAAGGAAUCUUGGACUAAAUUGUUUAAGGUUUCACAGUCAAGUUUGAACAGGGAUUUUGGACAGGUGAUGCCUUUAGCUUAUUCUAAGAGUGGUGACAAGGACAAGGUUCUUUUGGAAUUGGACAAGGAAAAGCUCCUUUGGUAUGAUUUGAGGAGGAGGAGAGCCAAGACUGUGAGGAUUGAGGGGGCUCCCAAUUCAUUCAAUGCGGAUGUUUAUGUGGAAAGCCUUGUUCCCUUAGGUGGUGGUGGAAUGGAUGGGAAGACACAGCAACCGGCGCCAGAGGAAAAGAAGGAAAGCAAUAGAAAGAAGAUGGAUGAUUUUCUGUCAAAAGGCUUUAAACUGACUCUAUAAGCAAACAGGAGGAGAAAAUGGGCACAAAGUGAAAAGUGACGAAAGGGUUGUCAUCUUGGAACCUGAAUGUCUUUUGAGGAUCACCAAUUUAUGCCUUUGUGUUGCUAAUUAAGGCUCCUGUCUUGCUUAAAGGAUGAACUUUUUGAUUUGGUUGGUGACAAUGGAUUUAUGCUUUUCAAGUUAUUUCUUAUCGUUGAAUUCAUUUGUCUGCUUUGAUUAUGUUUAAUGUGUGCAUCAAACACGAUAUGUUAGAAAACAGGCCUCUCACACGUCCUUUUACGUAAAUGGCACCGGAAGAAGCAUCCACAUCAAGAAGGGAGCAUUUCUUGAAGAAGCAUAGUAUGAAAAUGGCACUUGGGAUGUGAACUUUCACCAAACCAGAAUCUUUGCCUAUGUGUCUUGAGUUGCUAAGAGCACUCGCAAUGGAUUAUGCAAUGAAGCUUAAUCAAAGUGUUCAUUCGAUUCUCUAUACAAAAUGCAUUUUGCAUUUGAACUACUUUGUAUCAUUAAUGCGUUUUUUUUUUUUCUUUCCUCCCACUCACAUCUCUCUUUCUUUAUUAUUUUAUGCAUUAAUGUAUUAGUAUUUAAAAAUACAGAAACAAUAAGAAAAUAAUAUGGAGAAAGAAUAGAC